AAGGAUUCCGUCGGUCACACAAAGCAAGAAAAUCCUCGGAUUUUCGUUCAACCCUACGACGACAUGUGGCCCAGUAAAGGGGUCGUGAGCUUCGAAAACUUCAGCGCGUCAUAUCGUCCAGGAAUCGCCGACGACACGCUCAAAGAUAUCUCCUUUGUAGCAGAGGCGGGACAGAAGUUGGCUGUGGUGGGGAGGACUGGGGCCGGAAAGUCGUCGCUGGUCCUAGCACUUCUGCGCAUGAUUCAGCGAACGUCGGGAGUGAUCACCAUUGACGGAAUCGAUAUAAACACAGUUCCUCUGAAACGCCUUCGUACUGCAAUCAGCGUCAUCCCGCAGGACUAUUCCAUGUUUACUGGGACCUUGCGAGAAAACUUGGAUCCAGAAGGCAACCAUUCGGAUGAGGUUCUCUGGAGAGUUCUUCGAAGCGUCCACCUAAGCGACUUCGUUGAAAAGUCACCUGAGGGACUGUCAUUCUGCGUGUCUCAGAAAGGAGAAACCCUGAGUGCCGGACAGAGACAGCUGGUGGCGCUCGCUCGUGCCCUUCUGCGAGCCACAAGAAUCCUGGUGCUGGACGAAGCCACCUCCCAGAUGGACUCGGACACAGAGCGAAGGGUGCAGGCGAGUUUGAGGGAAAGCUUCUCGCACUGCACCAUUAUUACGAUAGCGCACCGCAUCGACACCAUACUGGAUUACGACAGGGUCGUCUUCAUGGGAGACGGUCGAGUACUGGAGACUGGGGGUGUACAAGACCUGUUGUCCGACCCAUGCUCAGCAUUUCGUAGUAUUUCUAUCAGCGCUGGAAUCGACGUAGACAAAAGAAUAUCAAACAUAUUACCAAAAUAA